CUGGCCAUGCUGACGGCCGUGGCCAACAGCCCGCUGCCGGUGCGCAGCCAGCAGAAGGAUGAGCCGGAUCUGACGGCGGAGGAGAAGCUGGCCAUCCUGCGGGCGCUGUACCGGGACAAGCCCGUGGUCUUCCUGGAGCGCUUCCGGCGGGCCCUGCGCGUCGAGCACCUGGGCUGCUUCGCCCACCUGGCCGCCCGCUACGAAGUGCGCUUCUACUGCGACGAGGUGCGCCGGGCCGCCCGCAGCAAGGCCGGCCACACGCGGGUGCGCAACAAGAGGUACGCCGCCCUGCAGCAGCUCAUCAAAGGGGGAGAGUAUUUCAGCGACGAGCAGAUGCGGGCGCGGGAGCCCCUGCUGUACGAGCAGUACAUCGGGCAGUACCUGAGCGACGAGGAGCUGCUGGCCCUGGGCAGCCAGGCCCUGGCCGGCCCCUGCUCCCUCUCCGGCGUCCUGCUCGACUCCUACCAGGAGCAGGUGCUCCAGCUGCGGCUGCACAUUCAGCAGGAGCAGGAGGAAGCCUGCAUGGAGGAGGAGGAGGAUGACGAAGGUCAGUAUUCCAGCUCGGCCUCAGACGCCUGGGUCCCCGACACGGAGGAGAAGGCCUUCCUGCGUGAGGAGUUCACCAGCCGCAUGCACCAGCGCUUCCUGGACGGCAAGGACGGUGACUUCGAUUACAGCGAGGUGGACGAGAACCCGGAGUUCGACAACCUGGACAUUGUGUCGCGGGACGAGGAGGAGCGUUACUUCGACGGCGAGGAGGAGGCGGAGGAGAUGGAGGCGGAGUAGGGGGUCCCCUGCUCCCCCCAACCCCCCCAGCCUGGCACCCUGAUUGGGGGCAGGACCCAACUCCUGUGCAGUAACCCAGACUCCUAGUCUGUGACCUGGGAUCCUUCCCCUCGUGGGCUCGGGGCGUGUCCCCGCAAGGGCCUUCCCCCCGUACGCUCUCCCCAGGUCGCUCCUGGCCUGUGAUCCA